UGACUCCCCUUAUUUUAUACCAUUUAUAGCAAAAAAAAAAAAUCCCACGAAACCACUUUUCAAAACCCACUCCACAUCCCAAAACCACCUUUCUAGAACCCCCGCUCCCUGUUUUCUGGUAUUCGGUAUUUCCUCUUUCUCUCUCUUUUCCUUCUCUUAUAUCUCUUGUAUUCAAUUUUAAACCGUUUCUGUUUGCGAGAGUCACGCCCUUAGAGGUGAAGAAGGAGAUUAGCUAGUUUUUUCCUAAAGAAGCUUAAAACUAAAAUCUUAAAAACCCUAGAAAUCCGCGGAGAUGGCGUCGUCGAAGGUGAUGGCGUCUGCAAGUUCGGCGAAUUCGGAUCUGGCGCGGCAGUCUUCAAUAUAUUCGCUAACAGUCUCUGAGCUUCAGAAUGAUCAGAGUAAGAAUUUUGGAUCUAUGAACAUGGACGAGCUUCUUAAAAACAUUUACGGUGAUAAUCCCUCGGCGGCUGAGAUCAUUCCGAACGCUGCUACCGGCGCCACCAAUGAAGAUGGCGAAUCGAACGGUGGCAUUCCAAAUGUGAGCAACCGGUCGGUUGAAGACGUAUGGAAAGAUAUUAUAGCCAGUGCGGGUGGCGCUAGCGGUGAUAGGAAAUUAAGAGCUGUAAGUGAUGCUCAGUUUUAUAAGGACACAGCGUAUGAGGAGAUGACUCUUGAGGAUUUUCUGGCGAAAGCUGGAGCAGUUAGAGAGGAAGAUGUGAGGGUAACGCAAGCCGCCGGGCCGGCGCAAGGUGUGUUUUCUUCGGAUCCAAUGUUGAAUAAUCGGUUUCAGCAACAGGCACAACAGCAACCACAGCAGCCGCAGAUUGAUGGAUCAGUUGUUGUGUUUGGAAAUGGAGUCGAGGGAACGGGAGUAAUAAGGGGGAAAAGGCGAGUGGUGGAGGAGCCGGUUGAUAAGGUUGCGCAGCAGAGACAGAGGAGGAUGAUUAAGAACAGAGAAUCUGCGGCUAGGUCGAGGGAACGGAAGCAGGCCUACACUACUGAGCUUGAGUCUCUAGUGUCACAGCUGGAAGAGGAGAACGCGACACUUUUGAAAGAGCAGAAAGAGGAGAAAAAGAAGAGGCUUAAGCAGCUCAUGGAAAAUGUGAUCCCAGUACUGGAGAAGCGUAGACCUCCAUGUGCUCUUCGGAGAGUUCGUUCUAUGCAAUGGUAGGAGUGAGCAUUACAAGGAUUAACAUACAUGGAACCUUCUAAUGCGAAUAACUCCCCGAAGGUAUAGGAGGCUAACACCUGUAAGAGAUCAAUGUCUUUCUUUUUUAGAAAUUAUUUUACAUGUCAGGUAUGUUCCUCCACUGUGUAUAAAGAGAAAAAAAAACUUUUGAGGGUGUUCAACAUGAGAUUUGGAAGGCAAUUUCAUUGAAGCUGGAAUGAGGUGUUCUUUUAUUAUCUGUGUGUAUUGUUCCAAAGCUGCGAACGUAUCAGAGGUGUCAUGUGUUGUCGAGGUUAAG